GCGCGUGAGGCUCGUGGGCGGUUCUGGGCGGGCCCUCACCUGAUAUCUCUGGAAGGCUCCGCUGACUGUCAAGUUUUCGAGGUCGUCUCAGGUGAGGGGGUCGUGCCGGAAGUGGCUGUGCGGUGCGCCCUGGUGUUGAAAAGGAAGCUGCGGGAGGAGCUUUAAUCGUUCAAGGGGGUGCGGCACCGCUGGGAGCUCUUCACGGCCCCCUGCAGCAGCCAUGGCGAAAGGCAGAGUCGCGGAGCGAUCGCAGACCGAGAUGCUGCACUCGACCCCAGCGGGGGACCAGGCAGUGGGGACGCAGGGUUCCGCUGCUCCAGGCAACAAAGAUCUUCUGAAAGAAAAGCCUUGUGUGGAAGCUGGGUCAGCAAGAACGUCACUCCUUAUACUGGUGUCCAUUUUUUCAUGUGCAGCUUUUGUUAUGUUUUUGGUGUAUAAAAAUUUCCCUCAGCUUAGUGAGGAAGAGAGAGUGAAUAUGAAGGUUCCGAGAGAUAUGGAUGACGCCAAGGCUCUAGGAAAAGUUCUUUCCAAAUAUAAGGACACCUUUUAUGUACAAGUAUUGGUUGCUUAUUUUGCUACAUAUAUUUUUCUGCAAACAUUUGCUAUCCCAGGUUCCAUAUUCCUCAGUAUACUCUCCGGGUUUCUUUAUCCCUUCCCACUUGCCUUAUUCCUUGUUUGCUUGUGCUCUGGACUUGGUGCCUCAUUCUGCUACAUGCUCUCCUACUUAGUUGGAAGACCCGUUGUAUACAAGUACCUAACAGAGAAGGCAGUGAAGUGGUCACAGCAGGUAGAGCGUCAUAGAGAACAUCUUAUUAACUACAUUAUAUUUUUGAGAAUCACACCGUUUCUGCCUAAUUGGUUUAUUAAUAUUACAUCUCCUGUGAUAAAUGUACCAUUGAAAGUUUUUUUUAUUGGCACUUUUCUAGGUGUUGCACCUCCCUCUUUUGUAGCAAUUAAGGCGGGAACAACUCUUUAUCAGCUCACAACAGCAGGGGAAGCUGUAUCCUGGAACUCGGUAUUUGUUCUGAUGAUUUUGGCUCUUCUUUCUAUUCUGCCAGCCAUCUUCCAAAAAAAACUAAAGCAGAAGUUUGAGUGAAAAAUCAUGGCUUUUUGUUCACCACCACCAUCACUCCAGCUGCCGACACCACCACCAUCAUCUCAGGAUCGGCAGGUGUAUUCAUUUUAUGUUGGAAAUCAUCUCUUCAGUAACUGAAAGAAGGAUUUGUAAAGUAAAAUAUCCCAUGAGAUAGAUAAUGCAUAUAUGUGGCACGGGAGAACAGAAAUUGGCAUGCUAUGAGAAGUGCUGUCAUCUGACCUGUGAGAGAUACCUUCCACGUUACUGGUUACUGUUCCAGGAUUGGCUCUGAGACAUCAUUCAUAGUGGCGUGGUUUGGAAUUCUUACUCUAAAUGAUUCAUUUAAAGUGUUUUUCUCUUUUUUGUUUAACUAAUGACUAAAAUAGUGAACUCAGGUACAGUGGAACAUACUUAUAACCCCAGCUGCUCAGGACACUUAAGGCCAGAGUAUUGCUAGUUUGAGAACGUCACAAGACACCCUGUAUUGAAAUAAGGAACAGUGGAAUUAAAUAAAAUAAAAAUUCAGAGCACAAACCGAAUACUUGAAGCAAAAAUGAGUUUUUCAUUUUCUUUCUCUUUUCAGACAGCACUUUCCAUAGGCCAGUGAAUGUAGCAAGGAUGGGUUAUUUAAGUUUUCCUUAGAAAUUUGCAUCAUGGAUUAGUCUGAUAAUUUGAAUUCUGGCCAGUCUGUUUUUAUCCUUUUUUUCUAGGUUUUACAGUAUUUCCACCAUACAUAUAGAAAAGGAGAAUUAUAUAUCUGUAUCAUAUUGGUGUUGAUAAUGUAUAUUAAGAUAAUGAUAUUUUGUUACAGUGUCUUUAUUAUCUCAAAAGGGGUUCUAAAAGUAAAUACUCAAAGCAUAUACUUUUUAGACAUUAAUUAUUUUAUACUGAAACAACUGACAGUAGGACAUUAGUGAUUAAAUCUAGUUUCUUUGUUCCAAUGACUGUAAAAUUUGCCUCAGUUUUUGUCUGCUCAUUAAAGAAUGUAUUGUAAUUACCUUUCAAGCAUGAUACAUCUUCAGUUGCUUUGUUGCCUUUCCUCUGAUGGCCUCCUUUGGGGCAGCACUUGAUUAGUACUGCAAAGCUUCUACCCUCUCACCUCGACAUGGUGAUUGGUGUCUCCACCGUUCCUUGGAAGAGACUUAGCUGCUUACGUAUGUCUCCUGUUCCGUGCCAGGACAAACCACCUGAAGCAUAAAGCACUAUGAUCCUAGUUGGCAUGUCGAACAAUUGCUUUAGUGGAGUGGGAAGUCCUAGUGUUUAUUCAAAGUCUGAUCACCUCAAAGCCUGUUUCUCCUGCAAAAUGUGGACUAAUCCUUUUCUGUCACAGUAUUAACAUGUGGAUAUAUUACAAAUACAAGGAAGACAAUACUGAUCAAUA